GGCUGGGGCCAAAUCCCACCCCGCCUUAUCCCAACCUUGCGUUGGGCCAUGUCAAAAAUCUGGAUUAUUUGUAGGUCACUGCGGAGACCAUUACUGGGUGUCUGGGAAUGCUGAAUUCCCUAUUCCGCAAUCUUUAAAGCUAACAGACCCCAACCAAACUUCUAAUCCUUUUCUCAGUUCUCAAACCAAAGGAGGCUGCUCUGGAGUGCUAAUUUUUCUGAAUGGAAUCCCUUUGUCUGGAAUUUUACUUCUGUGCCUAAAAAAUCCCUCCAAAAUGCAAUCUUUAGGCAGUUUUUACACAAAAGGAGCCACCUUGGGGACUCCCAAUCGGGAUUCCGAUACUUUUCCCUACUAUACUUUUAGGAGGAGGAUGAAGAGGAGAGGGGUUUGUGGUGGUCUGUGUAGUGGCAGUGACUUCUUCCUCCUGUCCUUUCUUUCGAUCAGUAGGUGCGGUUUAACUAGUUCUGGUCUACAUCCGAGAACUGGGUUCGCUACUAACAAUCCCAAGCUAAGCUUUUGUGAAUCAAAGAUGAGUCCUUGCGGGAAGUUCUUUGCUCUGGCUUCGGCAUUAGAGCAAGAACCUGAUGGGUGUGAGCAUGUCAAAGAAGCAACAGAAUCUGAGAAGCCUGAGAGUAAGGAGGUUAGGUUGGACUCUUUGGGAGGUAUUGGAAAUAAUGAGAUAUUUGAUGCCAAAGAUGGGAAGGAAGAAAUGGUUGUGGACUUUGAAGAGACUGUUCAUAGGAAUGGUUCUGAGUCAGUUGAAAAAGAAUGGAUUGAUGUCCGAGCAUUAGCUGCAAGUCUGCAUGAUGCUAAAACUGCAGAUGAUGUGGAGUUGUUGUUGAACAAUUUGGAAAUUUUGCCUCUCCCUGUUUAUUCAUCUAUGAUCAGGGGGAUGGGAUCGGAUAAGAAAUUGCAUUCCGCAUUUGCUCUUGUUGAAUGGUUGAAGAGAAAGAGGGAGGAUACUGGUGGAUCGGUUGGCCCGAACCUCUUCAUUUAUAAUAGCCUCUUGAGUGCAGUAAAGCAGGCUGAACAGUUUGAUAGAGUUGAUGAGGUCAUGGAAGAUAUGAAAUCACAAGGCAUUGUUCCAAAUAUCGUGACUUACAACACUUUGAUGUCAGUUUAUCUUGAACAAGGGCGGCCUAACGAGGCCCUCAAGGUUUUAGAGGAUAUUGAGAAUAAUGGUCUAUCUCCAUCUCCUGUCACCUACUCGACUGUCUUAUUGGCCUAUAAGAAAAUGGAUGAUUCAUAUGGUGCACUUGGAUACUUUGUCAAAUUGAGAGAGGAAUAUGAGAAGGGAGAGAUUGGGAAAGAUAAGGAUGUAGACUGGGACACCGAGUUUUUUAAGCUCGAAAAGUUCUUGAUUCGCAUCUGUUAUCUCGUGAUGCGCCAAUGGCUUGUGAAGGAAGAGAACCCAACUGCCAAUGUCUUGAAGCUUCUAAGUGAUAUGGAUAUGGCAAACGUAAAACCAACUCAGGUAGAAUGUGAGCGGCUUGUAUGGGUUUGUACUCGUGAAAGCCAUUAUACCAUGGCUAAAGAAUUGUACAGAAGAAUAAGGGAGACGGACAGUGAAAUUAGUUUAUCAGUAUGUAAUCACCUCAUAUGGCUGAUGGGUAAGGCUAAAAAAUGGUGGGCGGCUCUUGAAAUUUACGAAGAUUUGUUGGAUAAAGGGCCUAAGCCAAAUAAUCUGUCAUAUGAGCUGAUUAUUUCUCAUUUCAACAUCUUGCUCACUGCUGCUAGGAGAAGAGGGAUCUGGAGAUGGGGUGUUAGGCUGCUUAACAAGAUGCAGGACAAGGGCUUAAGACCAGGAAGUAGAGAAUGGAAUGCAGUGCUUGUUGCUUGCUCUAAAGCAUCGGAGACUUCUGCUGCCGUGCAGAUAUUUAGGAGGAUGGUGGAGCAGGGGGAGAAACCAACUAUACUCUCUUAUGGAGCACUGCUUAGUGCACUUGAGAAAGGGAAGCUUUAUGAUGAGGCAUUGCGGGUGUGGGACCAUAUGCAUAAAGUGGGUGUUAAGCCAAAUUUGCAUGCAUACACAAUUUUGGUUUCAGUUUUCAUUGGCAAGGGAAGUCCUGAGAUGGUGGAUUCCGUUCUUCGUGAAAUGGUAUCAUCAGGUAUUGAACCGAAUGUUGUCACCUACAAUGCAAUAAUCACAGGAUGUGCUAAGACUAAGAUGGGUAGUGCUGCUUUUGAGUGGUUUCACCGCAUGAAAGUUCAAAAAAUAAUGCCAAAUGAGAUUACUUAUGAAAUGCUAAUUGAAGCUCUUGCACAAGACGGUAAACCAAGACUUGCAUAUGAGAUGUACUUGAGGGCUUGUAAUGAGGGGCUACAUCUUUCUUCAAAAUCUUAUGAUGCUGUUAUGGAGUCAUGUCAAGCCCUGGGUACAAGCAUAGAUCUUAAUGCUUUAGGUCCUAGACCUGCUGAGAAGAGGAAAACCAUGAAGGUAAGGAAGAAUUUGUCUGAUUUCUGUCAUUUUGCAGAUCUACCUAGGAGAAGCAAACCUUUUGAUAAGACAGAAAUAUGCACUGCACAGAUGCAAGAAAGUCAAUAUGUAGAUGGCAUUAUUGAUGAAGUCCAUUCAUGAGACUAUCUGCCAGCUAUCCUUUGUACUUUGGCUGCCCUAGUUUUCAUGCAUUAAUCUCUUCGAGCAGAAUUCAUCUUCAAGGUCCUUUAUUAUGCUUUCUUGGUGAAAUAUUAAAUCGUAGCAAAUAUCACUGCAUUGCCACAUGUCCAUUAGAAUUUCAUUGGCACAAAUCCAUAAGUUUGAGAUUAACAUUCCCUUAUGCACUAUGAUAUGCUGUCAGUGAGUUAAAUUGAA